AGGGAAUAUUUAACCUGGGAUCCUGGCCGAGAGACACAGACUCCGACAGACCGAGCCAGAUUGAGCCCAGCGGGACAGGGGUCCCCCAUCCCUCAGCACCCGCCCGCGGCGGUUCAGGCCAGGAUCCAGGCGCAGAACCUUACCGGGACCCAGACGAGAAAGCCGGCGCAGAUCGGAACCACACCCGGGACAGGACCAACCGGACACCGAAUACUGGGGCAAAUCCGAAUCCCUCCCGAAGGAGACCCAGGACAAAGCCUAGGGGCGGAACACCGGCCCUCCCGGAACCGGGUCCGGACAGGAAAUCAGGGACAGGACCAAGCAGGUACCAGGUAGAAUCCAGGGUGAAACCGAACCGAGACCACGCACAGACUGAGGACGCAGGUGGACGCUGGCAGCUCACCGGGCACAGAACUGACCCCGCCUCGGGCGCCAGACCCAGGCACGUUGCAGAACCCGGGACCAGAACUCCAGAGCCGCGACCCAGAACUCAGCCCCCGGAGCCGCUUCACCUGCAGUCCCCGGGCACCCGGGGUUCCCCGCCCGCUACCAGGAUCUCCCAGUCCGGCCCGGCAUGAAAUCUCUGCCUCGGGUUGCGCUGGGUUGCAUCAGCCUGACGCUGUGUCUGCUGCAGCUGCCGGGCUCCCUGCCCCUGCCCGUGGGGCGCACCCUGCUGCUGCCUAAACACAGGGAGCCCCCGGACAGGAGACCCGCCACGCCACUGGGGAAUCAGCCCCUGAAGAGGAGGACGGUGGAGCUGCUCCGGGUUGGCACUGCGAGAGCUCAGCUGGACUGGGAGCAGCCCGGGGGGACCCCAGCCACCCAGCUGCAGCCCCUGGCCAGCCCCAAAGGCAGAGUGCGACACUCACUGACUGGCCCCUGGCGUGCCAAGCGCCACGCGGCCCCACGCCGCCACCACGCCCACCUGAUGCGCGUGGGCUGCGUCCUGGGUACCUGCCAGGUACAGAACCUCGGGCAUCGCCUCUGGCAGCUGAUGGGCCAGUCGGGCCGCCAGGACUCGUCGCCCAUGAACCCCAACAGCCCCCACAGCUAUGGAUGAAGGAGGGGGCCACCGUGGGGUGCGAGCACAUGGGACUGGAUUGCUUCAGGCCGAGACCUCACCCCAUGUGCUGCAAGGGGGUGGUCACGCCCCCCCGUACAUUGUGUAGGAGCCUUUACUAAAGUGCUUCCAGAGCCAAACCCCCAUUUGCUGUGUCUUCUGGUACCAUGCAGCGCUGGCUGGGACCUUGGGCACCCAGCACAAGGGGACAGCUGCUCCCCAAUGCAGAGAUUGCAGACCCCAUGGCUGCAGGGGGUAGCCGAGCCCAGUGCAUAGACACGGGGGGGGGGCAGAUUUCCAGCCUGUCAGAUAAUACAUAGAGGAUGCCAGUGGCUGUGCUCUAAAGGAAGGGCAUGGAGUUGUGGGGCAGGACACAGCCAGUCCGGCAGGUGUCAGAGGAUAGAGAUGCAGAGUCCUGAGGAAAGAGGGGGGACAGUGUGGCCAGUGGGGGAGGAGCAAACCUUACCCCACUGUGGAUCAGGAGAAGGGCGAUGAUGUAGGAGAAGAAGGAGAUAUUGGCUGUCUUUGCCCAUAUCCUCCCCCCAUCUGGAUGUGGGAGACCAUGUGGCUAGCAGGGGUCCCAUGGUAUAUGGGGGGGGGUAUUUCCCCGGAGCCCAGCCACUCAUUCCAGCAGCCAAAUGUUCCCUGAAUUGGGAGAGGUGAAGCUGAAGACCUGACCCCCAUGGGCAAGGAAGAUUCCUCAUGCCCUUUUCAUAAUGCUCAGGGCGUCCCGGGCACAUGCCAACUCUGGGAAUUGCUUUCCCCCUCCCCAAAUUCUCUUCUGUUGAUUGGAUCUGUGUUUCCCCCUUCAUGGCCUCUGCUAAACUCUGCUGGAGCAUAGCUGGAUGCUGUCAGGCAGCUGCUGUGCUCCACCUCAGAGGUGGCUGCAUGUCAGUGCUGGGUGGAGAGGUCUCUGUGGACCCAGUGGCAUAACCCAGGGCAGGACUUAGCCUGCAGUCCAUGAAGUGCUUUGGGAUCCCUCAGGUUGGCAUGCCGGAGAAUGCAGGCUGCAGGGUCCCAGCUGUGCCUUGCCAGAUGCCCCCCCUACCCCCACAGUGUGGCCUGCUUCACUGGUCUGCCGGGGUCCAUCACGAGGCCGGGCUGGCUGCCAGAGCGCAGCCACCUCCCGCUAAUGGGUAACUAGCUCCCCACUGUGUCCUGCUCACAGGCGCUGAGGGAGGCACCUGAGCCAGGUCAGAGCAGAGCCGGGGCUGGGGUUUGGGCCAGUUCCUCCACGGGCCAGAGAGAGAGAGAGACAGAGAGCGAGCGGCCAUUGAACAGGACUGGGGCACAGCUGGCUCCAGGGCCUUGUCUAGAGUCACCCCUAGGGGGCAGCACUAGGCGGAGAGGCCCCUGCCUGUGGUGGUGCGAACUCUGGGGUGCCCCAACCUCUUCCUGAGUCAGGAGCUUGGGUGGGGCUUGUGGGCCUGGGGCAGCACCAAGGCGGGAUUCCACCGUGGGCACAAGGGGUGCCCAGGGGCAGAGCUGCCAUGGGUCACCCAGGCCCCUGGUAUAUAUAGGGCUACAGAAUAAGCAUCAGCCCCCAAGAAGGAGUCCCUGCUGUGGGUGGGGAAUCUAGGGAGAGGGUUCCCCAAGCCCCAGCCCGAGCCCCAAGGGGCUGGGGCUCGGGCUGGGUGGGGAGGACGUGUCCCUGGCACCGAGUCCCUGGCAGGCCAUGACCAGUGCCGGCGGGCAGUGGCACAGGCAGCUGGGGCCUGGUCCCCCGAGCAGAGAGCAGGAUGGCGACCCUGGGUCCAAGGGGCACCCGGGCCAUGCUCAGUCCUGCUGACGGAAGCAGCAGUGAGGACUUGUGCCAGUGCUCAGUGGAGCAGACAGUGCUGGGCCGAGCCCCUGGCGUGCUCAGCCCCUGAGUCAGCAGCUUCCCUGCACAGCAAGGCACUGGGGGCCGCUUUGCUGGGUCCGCAGGGCAGCCGGGUCCCCAGUCCCCAGCGCCGCUGCAUCAGGGCCUGCGGUACCCCCCACCCAGGGCUUACAGUGGCUCUUCCCCAGCUCCCGAGGCCAGCAGCACCCCAUGACAGCCUGCGCCCCAGCACCAGCAGGGCAUCUCCCCUGAACCCCACCAUUCCCCAGUGGGCGGGGGGACCCCAGGGAGCCCGGCAGGUCGCUUGGAGCAGGACAGUGGGUGCUGCUGGCUGGGGCGGGGUCCCACAUGCCCCGCAUUGUGCAGCGUGGCGCAGUCUCCCUCAGCUGGCUCGGCCCCGGGCUGAGCCUUGGCCCGGGGCCACCAGCCGUGCAGUGCAGGGUGUUUCUGAAGGGCAGAUGGCGCUGAGUUGAGAAAGGCGGGUGUCCUCCUAGGUCAGAGCUCCGUUGCCUUUCCUGGGAGCCAGGUCUCUCCUUGGGGAUUAGCCGGGGGGGCUCAGAACUCACCACUAAUUACAGGCCAUUGCGGAAUUGCUCUGCAAACUUGGGGAGCUGGGCCAGGGGGACGCGGCCCCUGGUCGUUGCUGCUUUGUGUGCUUUUCCUCUUGCUUUGUCACUCGGACUUCAAGCCAUCGCCCACUCGGGCCCUGUCUCCCCUGGACUCUGGCUAUGCAAGGCAGUGGCACCAUUUCAUGCUCCCAGCUCUGCCUUGCUUCAGGGUCCUUCCCUGGGGUCAGCCGUGGGAGGGGGCGCUGCCACCCCACCCUGCCAUGGGCAUCUCCCAGACAAAUCUGGCUGAGACGCUCACCAGGCUCCAGGACAGGCAGAGAGUCUGCCCUGGGUUAGCUGAGAGGAGCUGCCCCGAACCUGUCGGGAACUGGCGCCUUCCUGGUGAGCUGGUCAGAGCCCGGGGAGGUGUGCUCAGCUAGGCUCUCGGCUCAGCAUCCCCAGCAGAGCAGGCUGGUGAUGGCCCAUCCAGCCCCCGACCUCGCUCCAGCAACGGCUGAUAAUGGCUGCUGCAGAGGAAGGCAGGCAACUUGCUUGGUUCUUCAAUCCUAGGGCACAUUUCUCCUGCUCCCAGCUGGGAUCAGCUCAGAACCUGAGCUCCAGGUGGACCGAGGGCCCCUGGAAUUUCCACUCCAGCUGGUUUCACUGUAGACAAAUCCAAGGGGUGACUGUUGGUGCUAUCUGCCCCAUCUCCUGCACCAGCAAGUUCCACAGGUGAAUCAUACUCCGCUUAGGGCAUUUUCUCUACCACGUUACAUUUGUUGCUCAUACCUGCUGGGGCAGGCAGCCUGACCAGCCUUCUCUGCAUCAGGGUCUGCUCACCUCUCUCCUCCUUUUCAAACCCCGUAGCCCAUCUCUUCUCUCCCCCUGCACAGACCGACCCCUAUGUGCCUGGUCCUAGUUUCAUUCGUGGCCCUUUUCUGGACCUUUCCCAUUUCUUCUCUGCCCUAUAAUUGCGGAGGUGGAACCCGGCGCAGGGGUUAGAUAACAGCCCUGCAUUUCCUGCGUAAUGCGGUCUACUGACUAGUUUGCACCGCAGAGGGCUACCAUGGCACAGCCAUGGAGCUGCAGUGCAGUGGCCGUAGUGUAGACAUACCCUACGCUGGUGGAAGAGUUUUUCCAGCUCUGUAGUUAAUCCACCCAGCAGAGGCGGUCGCCAGGUUGACGGAAGAAUUCUGCCGCUCCCCCAGCCACGUCUACACCGGGGGUUAGGUCAGUUUAAUGAUGGCACGCCCGGGUGUGGAACAGGGUUCAAAGGUGCCCCCCCCAACCUCGGACAACGUGCAUUGCACACAAAGGGGUGGGAUCUCUCUCACAUUGGAUCAGGAGGGGGUGGGUGACAGAAACUCAGCUAGGACAUAGGUCCUCCCACCACCAAAUUUUCAGUGGGCCUGGUGGCAGCU